AUGCUCAAAUUCCAAAAAAAGAAUUAAAACUAAACUUAAACCUGCUUUAAAAAAGUAUAUGGAAGCAUGGACCUAUUCGGAUAGCCUCCUGCGUUUAAAAUUCUCAAAAAAGAAAAAUUUACAACAUCCUUAGGAUUUUUGUUUACGGUUGGUAUUUCAGUGGUGUGUGUUCUUUAUACAAUAAUAUAAUUGGAUGAUUUAUACUCUCAAACAGGGCCUAGAGUAACAAUGUCUGAAGAACAAGUUGUAGACACAAGUGUAAUAAUUAAAAAUAAUUAAGGCAUACUCGUUGGAGAUGAAAAAUUAUACAAUUGGAAUUACGAUGGCUAAUAUAUCAUUAGGAUCUCUUUAAACACUAGGAACUCAUUUUACAAUGACUGUAUAAAAUUGUAAAAGAGUCAGAUCCAUAGACCCAACCACUAACAAAACUGUGAUAUCCUAAAAGUAAAUAAAUAUUCUAUGUAGUUGUACUAUAUACCCAACUGAGCCAUGUGGUUAAUAACAUUUUGUAACAGAUUUAUAAAAGGCAUAUUUUUCAAAAAUUAAACUUGGAUUUGUUCAAUGUUUUAAUGUAGAAUAGUGGCAAAAUAAUCCACCUGUAAGUAUAUUUUUCUAACCUUUAGUAACUUUAAGGGACUGUUUAAGGAACAGUAUAUUAAUAUCUAUAGAUAACAAUCGCUCAAUGUAAAAAUACCACAAAUAAAACUGAUUGUGCUCCUUAAGAAAAAAUAUGGAAAGAGUUAUAAACAGGGUAUUAUGCAGUUCAUUUAAUUGAUAAUUUGGUUUAAAUGAAAAAUCCUGGGACUCCAUUCAAAGACAUAAUUAAUUUACAAUAUACCACAUUUUCAAAUUCAACAUCAAAAUCUAUAUUUUAGAGUUUCAAGAUUACUCAAUCUGAUACAGAUACUGGAUAUAUAAUGGAAGAUAUUUAAACAGAAUAUGGAUUAGUUUAAUCAUAAAAUAGAGAAAGUCAAGAUAAUUAUAAUAAUUAAUUUAUUGUCUAACAUAUAAUAAAUUUAGAUUCAAGAUAAGCAUCUUAUAAUAGAGAAUAUUAAAAGCUAUAAGAUAUUUUUGGUAAUGUUGGGGGUCUAUGGCAAAUUUUAUUUUUGGCCAUGAGUGCAUUAUUACAGCCAGUAACAUCAACAUUCAUGAAUUUGCAGAUGGCUAAUAAAUUAUUUAGAUUUGAAAAUGAAAGUAAUCAGGAAGGUUUAUAAGCAUAAUAAAGUUCAGAUUCAAUAGAUGAAAUAAAAGAAAAUAUGAAAAAGUCUGGAUCACCAACAAAAGUAAAUGUUAAAGGUUCUUAAUAAUUUGAUCUUGAAAGUAGAAAGUCUUAUACUAGCAAACGUUCUCUUGGAGGAUAAAAAUCUAUGAGUAAAUCAGUUUUCGUUAAAAGUGUUGAUAAAGUUAAUAAUUAUAAAUAGAUGAUAGAAUUAUUAAAAAAGAGGAAAUAAUCUUUAAAUUUAUCUAUGAGAGAUAUUAUAAUAAUGAGUUUUGGAUGUAGAAAAAAAGAGAAAUAACUUAUUAAUUAUGCAACUGAAAAAUUUAUGAAUAAAUUAGAUAUUGCUAAUUUGAUAUCAAAAGUAUAUGAAAUAGAUAGAUUAAAAUUAAUAUUAUUAAAUGAGUAGUAAUAAAAACUAUUUAAUUAUUUACCUAAACCCAUUAUUCCUGAAUCUCUAUUUGGAGAUGAUUUUCAUAAGAAAAUGAAAAUUGUAGAAUAAAAAUAAGCAUAUAAGGUUAUACUUUAAGAUGAAAAACCUGAAUUUAUGAGAUUAUAAGAAGCAUUCGUAGCAUAUGUAAAAAUAUAAUAGAAAGAUGAAAUUUCAGAAGUUGAUAAAAAGAUUCUUGAUAUUCUUGAUGAAGAUAUCUUAGAAUUAUUCGAAAAUUUGCAUAGUAACACUUCAAAAUUAGAAAACAUCUUUUAAGAUAGUCCUAUGAAAUUACAAUUAUAAUUUUCUGAUAUUGAAUCUCCAAAAUCUAAUUUCUAACCUGAAUUUGAUGAAGAUAUGGCUAAUUAAAUACCGGUUCUUCCUGCCAUGCUUAGAUCUUAAGAAUGA